AUGAAAUUAUACUGGAACAAAAUUCUCAUACUAAUUAUCUCUCAUGUCUUGCUUUUCUCUCUUUUUAGGUUCUGGAUAUCUUUAAGCAGCCAACACACCUCACUUUUCUACAGGAUAAUUAAAAUGUCCUUAAGCAAUAUCUCAAAUUGCAGUGUCUACACACAAAUGGAACCAUUUACCUAUUUUUACUAUUUAAUUUUCCUCAUUGGAUUUAUUGGGAGUUGUUUUGCCCUAUGGGCGUUCACUCAAAAGGAUCAGAAACAAAAAUGUAUGAGCAUCUAUCUAAUUAACCUCCUAACAGCUGACUUCCUGUUGACUAUGGCAUUGCCAGUAAAAAUAAUUGUUGACUUAGGUAUUGCCCCCUGGAAACUGAGGAUAUUCCACUGCCAAGUCACAGCUUGCCUUAUCUAUAUUAACAUGUAUUUAUCAAUCAUAUUUUUGGGAUUGGUAAGCAUGGACCGCUGCCUUCAGUUAAUGCACAGUACUAAGAUCUAUCGAAUCCAAGAACCUGGAUUUGCCAAGAUGUUAUCUGCAGUUGUUUGGAUAAUGGUUCUCCUUAUAAUGGUACCUAACAUGGUGAUUCCAAUCAAGGAAAUAGAACAAAAGCCUACUGUGGGGUGUAUUGAUUUCAAAACAACAUUUGGAAAAGAUUGGCAUGUGUUUACUAAUUUCAUAUGUACAGCAAUAUUCCUGAAUUUUUCAGCCAUGAUACUUAUUUCCAAUUUUCUUGUUCUUAGACAACUUUACCGAAACAAAUACAGCGAGAGUUAUGCAAAUGUAAAGAAAGCUCAGGUAAAUAUACUGUUAGUAACGGCAGGCUACAUCAUGUGUUUUGUUCCUUACCACAUUGUUCGGAUCCCCUAUACUUUGAGCCAGAGUGAUGCUAUAACCGAUUGUCUUCUGAAACAAACCCUCUUUAAAGCAAAGGAAUCCACUCUGCUGUUGGCAGUGUUAAAUCUCUGUUUUGAUCCUGUUUUGUAUUUUUAUCUUUCCAAGACAUUUAGACUGAAAAUUACUGAGACUUUUACAUCACAUAAAGAAACAAAGACUCUCACAGGCGGAGUACACUGA